AGUACGUUUAAGAGCUCAGUUUACUCCAGCUGGAUGUUUGUGCGUAAAACGUGAAACCUGUUGGAGGAUUUCGGUGUUCGCUGAAGGACUCUGAUCAUAAGACCAUCUGAAAACAAACUGAUCAACACUUUGAUGCUACAGUCAGACUGCUGAGUACUUGUUAGAAGCUGUGAAGCCAUUUUUGACCAACAAACUGCGACAUAUUGUCCUAUGAGCAGCUGAUUUACAGAUAUUUGAAGAAAUAUUCUGUGCGCCUCUAAAAAUCUCCCACAUCCUGUCAGGAUUUCAGAAUUCAUCUGGAAACAGGAUCCAGUGGAUGACUUACUGAGAUGAUAAGAGUUUGAUAGAGAUAUUAAAAGAUCUGGAACUGAAGGAAAGGGUAUCAGCAUCAGGAUAUCUUCUGUAUCGACUCAUCCUGCAGCACUUAUUGAUGAAUUCUGAUUUGAUAACUUUGGAUAAUUGUUGCACAGUUCGUGGAUUUUGGUUUAAAAACUUUCUGAGAAUUUCCCAUCCCAUCUGCAACCAGCUUUGUCCUGGAAACACGUGCAGAUUUCCUCACUGCUGGGUUUCGCCAGCAGAUUCAUCAGAUUUCAGAGGUGUGAUUCCGGUUCUUUAUGAUGGUGAAUGAGGACCAGAACAAGUCUGGAUACGUAUCUUCCUCAAGGCGAAGAACUCUGAGCAGAUAAUGGAUUGGAAGGAACUGGCGGCUCAGAAACUCAGUCUGUCCCGCAGGAGGAAGUCUCAACCCUGCUCCCCGCCCAGCGAGGCCCCGGGGCCCCUUCCUCCCGUGCUGUACACCGGGGGCUUCAGUGGGGCCCUGCAGCUCUCGCCGCCAGCCAUCCCACCAUGUCUCCUUCGAGCCGGAUCAAAGGUGAAGGACACACCUGGAAUGGGGAAGGUCCGAGUCAUGGUCCGGAUCUGCUCUGUCCACAGCAGCGAGUCUUCAGAGUCCAUGUCCUUCCUGAAGGUGGACGGCAGAAAGAAGCAGCUGACUCUGUGCGAGCCAGCGGCCAACAGACGAUCAUCCACCUCCGCCCCCAAAACCUUCACCUUCGACGCCAUCUUCCCACAGGACGCCUCCCAGGCCGAGGUGUGUUCAGGGACGGUGGCGGAGGUCAUCCAGUCGGUGGUGAACGGCGCCGACGGCUGCAUCUUCUGCUUCGGACACGCCAACCUGGGUAAGAACACAGUUCACUUCCUCCUCACACACGCCCACGUUUUAAAUGCCUCACGACGUCCCUGUGUUGCCUCCGCCCCCUCAGGUAAGACCUACACCCUGAUUGGUCGGGACUGCUCUACCCUGAGUCUGGGCGUGGCUCCAACAGCCAUCUCUUGGCUCUUUAAGCUGAUCGAGGAGCGCAGAGAGAAGUCCGGAGCUCGUUUCUCCAUCAGGGUGUCGGCGGUGGAGAUCUCCGGUCGGGAGGAGGUGCUCACUGACCUCCUGGCACAACUCUCCUCCUCAGCUGGGGGCCACCAGGAGGCCCCCGGGCCCGCGGUGUCACUGAGGGAAGAUCCUGUGUGUGGAUCCCAGUUGCAGAACCAGACGGAGCUUCGGGCCACCAGCGCCGAGCGGGCAGCGUUCAUCCUGGACGCUGCUCUGGCGGAGAGGAGCAGCACCCGGAUGCCGAGCGACCAGGAGGCUCAGAGGAACUCCCACUUCCUGUUUACUCUGCACCUCUACCAGGAGCGUCCGGAUAAGAGCAGCAAGGCAACAGUGUCCGGUCGAAGUCGCCUCCACCUCCUGGAUCUGGGCAGCUGUGAGACGGACAUCAGUAAGACCAGAGAAGGGGGCGGAGCUCAGUGUCUGUCUCUGUCUGCGCUGGGAAACGUCAUCCUCGCGCUCGCCAACGGGGCCAAACAUGUCCCGUACAGAGACAGCAGGCUCACUAUGCUGCUCAGCCAAUCCCUGGGUAACAUCAACUGUCGAACCACCAUGAUCGCCCACAUCUCCGACUCACCAGCCAGCUACAUGGAGACGCUGACCACGCUGCAGCUGGCCUCCCGCAUCCACCGCAUGAGGAAGAAGAAGUCCAAAUAUGCCUCCAGCUCCUCUGGAGGGGAGAGUUCCUGCGAGGAAGGCCCAACCCGUCGGCCCCCUCAUCUUCGGCCCUUCCACCCUCGGACUGUGGCCCUGGACCCAGACAUCCCCCUACUGCUCUCCAGUGAUCCAGACUAUUCCUCCAGCAGCGAACAGUCCUGUGACACCGUCAUCUACGUUGGGCCUGGAGGGAUGGCAGUAUCCGACCGAGAGCUGAGCGACAAUGAGGGCCCACCUUCCUUUGUCCCCAUCAUCCCCUCCCUGAACAAAAAGAGGGUCAAAGAAGCACCUAGGACUGAUAGCAACCACCUUAAGUGCAACACAUUUGCAGAGCUGCAGGAGAGACUGGAUUGCAUCGAUGGCAGUGAGGGCCCGUCCACAUUCAACUCAGAGACUGCAGUGGCACCAGCAGUGAAGACCGGAUCUGCUAAACCUGUAGAGGAGAUGCUGCCAUCCACACAUGACAAGAACUCCUCCCAGGGCCUCUCAGAAAGUAUACCAACAACAUUCGCACCAGAUCAGAGGGAGUUCACGCUCCACUCAGGUGGAUGCCUCGAGGACUCCUCCAAAAGGACAAGUGCAGACGGGGAAAAACUCUCAGCCACCCCCAUUCAGCCAUGCUUGAUGGGGCCCAGCUGGGCUUCCAGCCAGGACUCAGAACCUGUGGUGCGUGAGAAGGUCUACCUUAGAGAAGGUGUGCCUAGGCCUUCAGCCUCACCAUCCCUACACAGGACUUCCAGGGCAGCACCUAAGCCUGAAGAGGCUCUCAGCAGGAUUCCCCCAGUAGGGAUGAGCUAUCAAGGCCUCCCUCUUCGGCCACCUGACAUGGACAGGGCCCAUCAUACCAGCAGGUACCCUGCUGAAGUCAGCAACCUCCGGGCAGCUCUGUUGGGAAGAUGCCUGGACAGGGAUUUUUUGAGGACCACCGUCACACUGCAGCAGCCUGUGGAACUGAACGGGGAGGAUGAGCUCGUGUUCACUGUCGUUGAGGAGCUUCCUCACGGUCUGGUUCCAGACAACGGCCGUCCCUCCAACCUCCUCAACUUUAAUGCUGACCUAUCUCUGCAGGCCUUAGCCUCUGGUUCUGGUCCAGUCAGCAUCAUUAGCAGCAUCAACGAUGAGUACGAUGCAUACACAUCACAGCAUGAAGCUGAGCCACUGGAGUGGCAGCCGUCAGUCAGUUCAUGGCCGGUUGAGAGUGAAGGCAGCCGUUUGACAGGCAGGCCUUUCCUGAGUGAUGAGACGGUUUCUGCAGAGAGUUCGUUCAUGCUGACCUCACCAAGUUUAUUCCACAGGCAGCCUUUUCUGCAGCAUGGCCUGAAGAGCUCAUUGAAUGACAGCGGCAUCUGUUUCUCAGAGCUGGACAGUGACCCCGCUACCCCAAACAAACCACCUUUUACCAAGUGCCCGCCAUCCCCUGACUCAACCAAAGCCUCCCCCAAAUGCUCCCCUAAGGUGAGAGCUAGCACCCUUAACACUGCAGUGUCAGCACAGAUUCCCCAUCACUCCAGCCUUCCCUGGAAAACCAAGCCUACCUCAUCUGCAGCUGUGGGCUGCAGCCGGCAAGAAGGCAGACACGAAAAUACUUUGCUUCAGGGAAGCAGUUACUUUGAUCCCAGAGAGGCUGAAUUCCUCUCUGCAGGUAAACCACCAAGAAGUGGCACAACUAUCGUUUCCUCCAAGAAGUCUGGAGGGAACAGCAACAGUGUACCUCGGCCUCCAAAGGCACAAGCCUCCUCUUCAGCUCAGAGGGUCGUGGAUGGAUGUGAGAAGUCCAGCAGAAGAGGAGAUACUCUCAUCAAGCUGCCGAGGCUCACCCGAGGAGCAACAACUCUGGGAACCAUUUCCACCCCUCAGAGCUUUGAAUCUAAAUGGAGUCAUGAAGCCCCAUCAGCGAUCGGCACACUGAGGUUUUCAUCGCUGGGAAAAAAGUCAAAUGGACAAAAGAGCAGCACAAUCUCCAAGUCUGGAUCUGGAAAUAUCUCUCCUCCAUCUCCACCUGUCCGACAGUCCAGUCAAGAUCUAAAGACGAGGUCUCCAAGUGCCUUAAAAACCAGCGGCGACACUGGAAAGUUUGCGUUCCCUAAAGCCUCAGCUUCAGAGGAGGAAUUCGGAGUCAGGCUUAGAGCUGAUUCGUUCAGCCAUAGGACAUCCAGUUUAAAGACCGAUCACGGUUCUACUAAGACAUCUUCCAGCCUGAAGUCCAGAGGGGCCAAAGCAGAUUCUUCCAGGUACUAUGGGAGUCUGAUGUCUCUGGAGAGAUGUGAAAGUCCAACUUCAGCUGGUUCCAAAUCUGAGGUGUUGAAGGAGAACAGUAGUGUCGUUUCAGGCGCCAGCACCAGGGCCACUAGAUUAGUACCAAGACUUGGGCUUCCAGCCUCCACCUCAGUCUUGUCCUCUCAAGUCUCUCUUUCUGGUUUUGCGACCUCCAGUAAACUGGGUCAAGUCCGAGGCAGCGGAGGUUCCCGAACAGCUGCUUUAGGUGGGAUAAAGGUUCGAACAAUGUCUGCAAGCAGCUCCAAGAGCCCGAGCUCUUCCCCAAAACCUCCUGAUCAUGCAGCUGGACGCAAUGUCAGCCUGCCUCCAACUGGCAAGUCCCCUGCUCGCUCUGGAACUGGAGCCAAGACUGGGAGAGGCACCAUCAUGGGCACAAAGCAGGCCAUCAACAGGGCAGCCAACAGCCGGGUCAGUGAGCUGGCUGCUGGGAGCCCUAGAAAGCAGCUGAGUCAGGGGUCUGGACCUGACAGCACACCACUGCCAUCGCCUUAUAGCAAGAUUACGGCACCUCGGAGGCCACAGCGCUACAGCAGUGGGCAUGGCAGCGACAACAGUAGCAUCCUCAGUGGGGAGCUGCCCCCUGCCAUGGGCCGCACCGCCUUGUUUUACCACAGCGGAGGCAGCAGCGGCUACGAGAGCAUGAUCCGAGACAGCGAGACCACCGGCAGCACCUCAUCAGCCCAUGACUCUAUGAGUGAGAGUGGAGCAUCAUUGUCCAACAGAGGCAGAGUUUCCAAAUCACCCAAAAAGAGAGGAAAUGGAGGCUUCCUCCGGCGGCGGCUGAUCCCAGCCCCCCUUCCGGACUCUUCCUCGCUGGGAAGGAAGGUGGGGGGUCAGUGGGUGGACCUUCCCUCGCUAGGCGGCGCCCUGAAGGAGCCGUUUGAGAUAAAGGUGUAUGAGAUCGAUGACCUGGAGCGUCUGCAGAGGAGGAGGGAGGCGGUGACGGGUUCAGAGGGUCUGCUCUACUUCAACGCCCGGCUGAGGAUGCUGGAGAGGAGGCAGCAGCAGAUCAGAGAGCUGAGGAGCAAACACGAGCAGCUGAAGGUGGAGCUGGAGGAGGCCAAAAACCGGCUGAUGCUCCAACCGAGCAAGUGGAGCGGAGAGUUUGACGUGGACCAGGACCUGGACCGGGACUCCCAGGAGUACCUGGAUGCUCUGGUUCAGGUGACGUCAGAGCUGGAGUUCUGUGUCAAUCUCUGCAAGUCCCGUGUGAUGAUGGAAACCUGCUUCGACGUCGCCGUGACAACCACUGCUGCGGUGCCGGGCGGCCAGCAGAGGAUGGAGGCGUGACGUCCAAUUGAUUCAUUCAUCCACCCAUUAACAGAGACGUGGAAGAAGAAGCAUGUUUGUGACAGACUGAUGGACUCUUUCUGGAUCGCCAUGGAAACGGAUGUUUGUUGUGUUACAGCCGAGCAACCAGCUGCUGGUCCUGAUCAGGUCAGAGAAGAUAAACAGGACAGAAGCUCUGGAAGUGCCUUUCUAUUUAUUAUCUACUGAAACUUAUUUAUUUAAGUCUUCUUUUCCUUAUUUAUCAUAUUUAUGUUUCUAUGGUGCUGAUCUGAUUAAAUUUGUUAUGCAACAGGAUGUAGAAGAUGAGA